GAACGUGAAACCUUCUGCCUUCUCUUGUGAUCCAGAAAUGAGUUUCUUCCUGUUCAUUCUCAUGGUUUCCUUCAUUGUUCUCCCUGUAAACAACAUGGGCCCAACAUCAGGCUCUGCUCCAUUCAUUUCCAUUGAAGGUUACAAUAAAACAGGGAUCCGAGCUGUUUGUCAGUCCAGCGGUUGGUACCCAAAACCUGAGAUGCUGUGGCGAGAUCCCAGUGGGAAACAUCUUUCUCCUUUCUUUGAAAGAAAUGCCCAGAAGGAGGAUGGGCUCUUUGAAGCGCAGAGUGAGAUCAUUGUCACACGAAAUGCAAACCAGAACUUAACCUGUGUGGUCAGGAACAUUCUUCUUAACAAAGAAAAGGAAUCAACCAUUCACAUAGCGAAUGACUUUUUCCCCAAAACAUCUCCCUGGAUAGUGGGUCUGUGUAUAUCCCUGAUGGUUUCACUUGGUUUGGCUUUCUUUAUUGCUUACCUGUUUAAAAUAAACAGAAAGCUUGCUGCAGAACUUAGGUGGAGGAACAUGGUGGUGCCAAUAGAGAAAGCAAACAUAACCUUGGAUCCAGACACAGCGAACCAUGACCUUAUACUGUCAGCAGACCAGAAGAAUGUCAUACAAGGGUUCAUGUGGCACAGACUGCCUGGCAACCCCAAAAGAUUCGAUGCGGAACGCUGCGUGUUGGGAAGGGAGGGAUUUUCCUCAGGGAGACACUACUGGGAAGUGGAGGUGGGGGAGGAGGGCUAUUGGGCAGUGGGGGUGGCCAGAGACUCCGUGAGAAGGAAAGGACGGCUCAUCCUUGACCCCAGCGAAGGAAUCUGGGCCGUAGAAAAGUGUCGGGUCCAAUACCAAGCUCUCACGGUCCCUGAGACUCCUCUGUCUCUGCAGAAGAGACCCCGGAAGAUUGGGAUUUAUUUGGACUAUGAAAUGGAGCAGGUGGCGUUUCAUGAUGUCAAUCACAAGACCCCCCUCUUCACAUUCCCCAUAGCCCCCCUCAGCGGGGAGAGGAUCUUCCCUUUCCUUCAUGUUGGGGUAGGGUGCUGGCUUAAAGUUUGCCCCUGA